AUGCUGAAGCAGACCGUCCUCUCCUUGGCCCUGGCCGUUUCUUUGGCUGAGGCCUGGAGCGGAGUGACCAAAACAAGCUGGGAUUGCUGCAAACCAGGAUGUGCCUGGCCCGAAAGUCUCGCGACGGCUAAAGCGAGGGGUGAUGUACGGGUCUGCGACAAGUACGACCGUCUGUUGACUUUUUCCCGGGGCCGCACCGAACAAUCGUCUUGCUUCCAGCCCGGCGGCGGCGGCGGCUACCUGUGCUCGUCGUACCAACCCAUCCCCAUCACCAACGAUUAUUCCAUCGGCUUCGCCGCCCUGGGCGAAAUCUGGGCCUGCUGCCGAUGCUUCCAAGUCAAAUGGCUUGAAGGCCCGGCUCGUGGCAAGCGGAUGGUGGUCCAGGCCGUGAGCAACAACCCCGGUACCGGUACCGCCAUCACCAUCCUUACGCCCGGCGGCGGCCACGGGAACAACCCGCAGGGAUGCACCGCCCAGUUCGGGAAAACCACUGGCCGCGCGAAUGGUGGCGUCAGCUCGGCAUCCGAAUGCGAGCUCCUCCCGGACCACCUCAAGGGCGGCUGCUACUGGCGCUUCAACUGGGCUCGCGAUCACCUCAACGACCGAGCUGUGGAGAUCGACCAGGUCGACUGCCCUGCCGCUCUCAAGGAUAUCUCGGGCUGCGAUGUCGAACAAUCCGAGCGACAUGACUCACCACAUGGGGGUCGGUCCCCGGACGAUGAGGUGGCGGUCGCUCAGCAAGACCGCAACCAAACCCCCGAGAUGACGAACCCGCCCGGACCCAGCACAGCAACAGCGCCGAAGACGACGGAACAGCCAACUCCCGCAGCCAUAGGCACGAACAGGUUGUGGGACGAGGCGUAUAAUAAACUCGGAGGUGUGGAGCCCGGUCUUGUCGGUAAAUACGAGACCGUGAUUAAGGAGAAGCUGGGGGUCGGCGUGUCCGAGAAGCAAGGCGAGCGACGCCUCACAAUGGACCAAGUCGCCGGCAAGAUCGCACAAGACAUCGAAAAAAACGACAAGUCGAUGAUUGGAGUCGGAGACCACAAAGUAGCCGUGAGGGAUAUCGUUGAGCAGGUAGUCCACGUUGUAGAAUUGGGCAAAAGCUACGUGGGCGACGCUCUAGCAGCAUCGCCACCGGCAUUAAUCGCCUGGCUCGUCCUCAAUUACUCGGAGCAGGACCUCCUCCGUGCCGAGGGGCUGAAAACCAUCGCCUCCAUUGUUCUCGACUGCUCUCGGUGCAUGCUGGGACGCUCUACUGGAACGAUAGUGGCCCUUACAGCAGAUAGAAGGUUCAGAGUCGUUGUCGACGAGCCGAGGUUUGGCACGCCAAAGAAAAGCAUUCCGAAACAGGCUUUGGACAGGUUGAAGUACGCGUCGUUACUUCGGUUGCGAGUGCGGACAAGCGCCUACGGCAAUCAGCUAGCUGCUUUGCCAUGGGCGGCGCGGCAUUUUACCUUUUUAAUUAGCAAGCCGCCAAAGCUAUGGCCGAUAAAUAUAAUUGGACGGCGAAAGGUUUACCGGGGUUAA